AGGGAGGGCCUGUUACCUUGGUUACUAACCUGAUCUACUGUCUUAAAAAGUCACAGAAAUAAUCCGGGUUGGUCAAGCCAACAAACAGCCAACAAGAUGUGCAAGAUCCGCAUCAUCCACUUCUCCGAGCACGACGUGCGCAUCCCGAUCGCCACGGACCCCUUCAGCGCCCCCGGAGGCAAGGACGACUUUAUCUGCUCCAACGAGGUAGCCAGGUGCGCCUGCAACAGCCCCAUCGCCGGCAUCCUCGUGGCCCCGGAGGCGGACGAGAGCGGGAGGAGGCCCGGCAGCAGCAGCAGCAGUAAUAAUCACUACGCGCGGUGCCCCUGGCACCGGUGCUGCGUCACCGUCUAUCAGGUGCUCCUCUGCCAGUGGUACUGGAACCACGCCGAGGAGGCGGCCCUGCAGGGGGAUGGGGACGGGGACGAGGAUGAGGAUGUGGACGAGGAGCCCGAGACCUGGUGCCCCAACCGCAUGGUCCUGCACGAGCAUCACCCGAUUGGCAUGCUCCUCUCGCCCCACAGCCCGUCCGGUGACGCCGCCGAGUGGGACGAGACCCGAGAACCCUUCUCUCCCGGCUGCUUCCCCGCCGGCGACCUCCUGUACUCGGACGAGAUCCUCGACGAUGGCGACGGCGCGGAUGCGGUGCCUCCUCCUCCUCCUCCUCCUCCUCCUGACGGGCUCCAGAGCGACCGGUACGAGGUCCAGGCGCUCGGGCGGCUGCUUCGGGCGCGCAAGGAGACGCUGGCGAGGGCGGUCGCCCUGGCGUCUGAGAUGGUCGAGUCGCUCGCGGGCGACCUCGAGGGGGUACGAUGUCUGGGGGCCGCGGACGCAGUCGCGUUCCUGGCGAGGAUCCGGUCGGCCGGCCGGGUGGUGGACCUGAUCGAGGAUACCGAGCUGGGCGCCGCCGAGCUCUACAGGGACAUGGUGCGGCGGGUCCGGUCCGUGCUGGCCGCGCUCGGCAGGGUGCCGGCCCCCGGCGGAACCGUGGCCUCUCACGACGGCACCUUCUCCAUCUCGCGGGCGCAGCUCGACCUGGCCGACCUCGACCCGCACGAGGUCCUCGAGGUCUGUGACGGGCCGCUUAAGAGGUCAGGGGAGCUUCGGGAACGGUUGGCUGAGAUCGCUACCCUCGUCGCUCGGCUCCCAAGGGAGCUGGAGAGGAGGAGGAGGAGGAGAAGAAGGCAAGGAUCCCGGAGCGGGCUGGAUCAACAUCCUGCCGUGCGCAGGAGACGAUGCCAGAGUGUUUGAAGGUGAGUGCAUCCACGACUGGAGGGUCACUGACUGCC